AUGUCUUGUUUUCGAUCAGAAGAAUCUAGAGAACAACAACGAAUAAGUCGAGAAAUUGAACGUCAAUUACAUAAAGAUAAGAAUACAGGGAGAAAAGAAGUGAAAUUAUUAUUACUUGGGACUGGAGAAUCCGGUAAAAGUACUUUUGUAAAACAAAUGCGAAUUAUACAUGGAGCUGGUUAUACAGACAUGGAAAAAUAUGCUUUUAAAACUUUAGUAUAUCAGAAUAUCUUUCUAGCCAUGCAAACAAUGUGUGAUGCACUGUGUGCACUUUCAAUAGAAUUAGAAUAUCCUGUAAAUCAAGAAAAUAUAGAACUUAUCAUAAAAGUUGAUCUUGAAGAUUCUGUUGAACUGACACCUGAACGUAUCAAUGCUAUACGUCAGUUAUGGGCUGACCAAGGAAUGAAAGAGUGCUAUGAACGUAGAAGAGAAUUUCAAUUGUCCGACUCAUCGAAAUACUAUUUGAACAAUUUUGACAGAAUAGCUGAUCCAGAUUAUUUACCAAGUCUACAAGAUAUUUUACGUGUACGUGUACCAACAACUGGUAUAAUUGAAUACCCGUUCAAUUUGGAUUCUACUGUUUUCAGGAUUGUGGAUGUGGGCGGUCAAAGAUCAGAACGAAGAAAAUGGAUUCAUUCCUUUGAAAGUGUAACUUCUAUUAUAUUUUUAAGUGCAUUAAAUGAAUAUGAUCAAGUUCUUGUAGAAAAUAAAAAUGAGAAUCGAAUGGAAGAAAGUCUUCUACUUUUCAAAACUAUUAUAAAUUACGAAUGCUUUCAAUCAUUGUCAAUUAUAUUGUUCUUGAAUAAAAAGGAUAUUUUGGAAGAGAAGAUACAAUAUUCACAUUUGGUUGAUUACUUCCCGAAAUUUACAGGUCCAAAAAACGACGCAAUAGCUGCACGCAAUUUCAUACUAAAAAUGUAUCAAGAAUUGAAUCUAAAUUCAGGACGACCAAUUUAUUCACAUUUUACUUGUGCUACAGAUACAGAGAAUAUUCGUGUUGUUUUCGUAGCUGUAAAGGAUACUAUAUUACAAACAAAUUUAAAAGAAUUCAAUCUUGUUUGA